AUGUCGUCCAUAGCCUUACUGAAGGCCGUCACGUCAGGACGUUCUCGACAAGUUCGUCUCUUGCUGGAUUCAGGUUCGUGUAAUGUGGAUUUUGCAGACGAGUGCGGACAGACACCGCUUAUCAGGGCGAUAUUUAUUGACAUGGAAUCAAGUCGGGAUACGAUUAUCCGUAUAUUGUUAAAACAUGGCGCCACGGUCGGUAAAACUGAUGUUGUAGGACGGGACGCACUCGCGUGGGCAUGUCUGUACGGACGUGAUGCCAACGUUGAACAACUCCUUGAUCACACUGAAGGUGAACUGGAUUUAAACAGACCGGAUGUCAACGGACAGACGCCACUCUUUCACGCGGUCACUUCCGGAAAUGCGUCCACAGUUAAGUCGAUGGUAGAGGCGCUGUUGAAAUACGGGCUUUCCGUCGACGUACAAGAUUUCUUUGGUACGUCGCCCCUUAUGCUCGCCAUGCGGCUCAACCACGACGUCUGUGCGAGUAUUUUAAUCCGAAACGGCAAGGCCAAGGUUGGACUCGGGGUGAAAUAUCCGAAUGAUUUCAACAGAGCGGAAAAAUGGGCAGUUCAAACUAUGAGAAACAGACAGAAAACGAAUAGGUCAAAUUUCUCGCCCAGAGUUUAUCCCUCAGAAAGACCCCAAAUGCCACGUCAUGGCCAGAGGAACAGUUUGGUCAAUGGUCAGGUUGCCAAGCUACAACUUCCGCCAAACUCCGACUCGGAGUCGGAUUUAUCAGAAAGCGAAGAUUCAGAGGUCCUUUCUAUAUACACUUCCGGUCCGGAGACAGACGAUAUGUUCAAAUAUUGUAUGAAGUUUGCUCCAAAGAUAUCCAUUCCCCCGUCUAUACUGGCUGUCAGCCCUUCAUCAAGCACUGUCGCCAAUGCUUCUAGUAGUGACGAAGUCGACACUUAUUCUACUCCGUAUAGUGACCCUAAACUGGAUCAGAAUAAGAACUGUCUAGGUCAACUUUAUGGAUUAGUUCAGGACCAAAUGGCAACAUCCUACCGACCGACGGCGAAACCAUUAUCGUCGUCCCCAUCUCCUUCUCUGAACCAGCUGGAGUCUGAGCGGAGUGAAGUCAGCAACAGGUCCACGAGAGGAGUAAGAAAAGGAACCGACAAAAUGCAGAGAUCAAAUAACAUGACUUUAAAACAUCAGACCAUCGGGAUGUCAUUUGAAGUGACACCGCGAGGAACGCCAUUAUCAGAUUCAAGAAACUUCCCCUCCCCAAUACAGAGAGGAACCACAUUUCCCCUUCUUUCGGACAGACGGACAGAUCUUGUGAACUGCAGAGAUAAAAACAUGGAGAGAAAUUUCCGAACUGGUCACAAUAAUUACUCUCUCAUGUGAUAGCAGCAUUCUUCAUCCUUUCGCCCACGGUUUUCGUUUUCUUUUACUUACGCCCAAUGAGA